AUGGCCAGCUUCCAAGAUGUCGCAAAGCAAUUCACCGAAUUCUAUUACAACCAGUUCGAUGCCGACAGGAAGCAGUUGGCUCCUCUUUACCGUGACACCUCCAUGUUGACUUUCGAGUCCUCUUCCGUCCUUGGAGCUCCCGCCAUCGUAGAGAAGCUCGGAUCUCUUCCUUUCGAGACAGUAAAGCACCAAGUCUCGACGCUCGAUGCGCAACCAAGUGGAGAUCACGGUGGAAUUUUGAUUUUGAUCACAGGGGCUUUGUUGGUCGAUGAGGAGCAAAGACCGAUGAACUACAGCCAGGCUUUCCAGCUUAUGCCAGAUGGAGCUGGAAGCUAUUUCAUUUUCAACGAUGUCUUCAAGUUGGUUUUCGGAUAA